AUGAUUAUUUCUACCAAUUCAAUUAUAGAACGCUACUUUAAGAGAAGGUUCGCAUCAACUACUUCUAGUUCGGAUAAUGUGGGUAGUUCGAGUUCAAGAGAUGUGGGUAUUUCAAGAGAUGUGGAUAGUUCAAAAGAAAGUGAGUUGCAAGAUAUCUUAGCUAAUCUUAUUGCAGACCCUGGACUUCAACCUCAAAUGUUGGAUUAUGAUCCUAACAUUCAAGACGAAAGUGACACUUCAAGCAACAAGGGGAAUUAUUUGGAGCUCUUACAAUUUCUUAUUGAUCAUGAUGAGAAAGUGAAAGCCGUUGUAUUAGAAAAUGCUCCCGGGAAUCUCAAGUUAAUAGCUCCAACAAUUCAAAAAGAUCUUGUGAAUGCUUGUGCCACUGAAACUAUUAAGAAAACCAUUAAGGAUAUGGAUGGUGCAUUCCUCUCUUUAUUAGUUGAUGAAUCACGUGAUGUGUCAGUAAAAGAACAAAUGGCAGUGGUGUUUCGUUAUGUGGACAAAAAUGGGGAUGUAAUUGAGAGGUUUGUGGGCAUUCAACAUGUUAGCGACACUACAUCAAACUCACUCAAGGAGGCUAUUGACACAUUGUUUUCAAGAGAGGAAUUGAGCAUUUCCAUGCUAAGAGGACAAGGAUAUGAUAGAGCUAGUAAUAUGAAGGCUCUUGUGGCCGUGGCAAAGGGAAAUGCUGAUAUUUUCACAUCUUGCAAUAGCUUGGUUAAUAUUGUUGGAGCAUUGUGUAAGUGUCAUGACAUGCUUAGAGAUCAACUCCAAAAGGAUAUUACGGAUGCUCUUGAAAAAGAUACUUUUCCAACAGGGCGAGGUUUAAAUCAAGAAACUUGUCUCAAGCGUCCCGGUGAUACACGUUGGAACUGA